AUGAUUGGCUUCCUGGUGGAAUCAGGUGCGUGUCGUCCAUGCUGGCCUGUUGUGGGUGUUGGCGGGCGGCUGGAGGCGGCUGCAGCAGAACUUUCUGAAUCCGACGCUGUCAAUCGGGCCGCAGAGAGGAAGUGUGGUGGAGAUGAGAUGGGGACAGACGAUCAUGCAGCGAUGUUGUUUCUUUGUUCUCCUGCUCAAGGUUUGCUAUCGAGCUCUCAAAAAGGAAAAACAACUUUACUCUGUUUUCUGGAUAACCUUCCCGUAGAGUCACUACCUCGACAGAGACAAAUAUGCGAUCAAGGAUAUAUUCGAUGGAUUUUCAAGCAAAACUUGGAGGAUAUUUUUGCAGAUAGUUUGGUGCUCUCAUGGUUAUUUUGUAGAGAUUGCCCCUCUGUUCAUUUCUUGGUAACCAUCUACUGCAGCUCAGCUACUGUCCAGCAGCUGACCUUAUGGUGUGUGAUUGACGGUGCAUGUUUUCCUAUUAGUUUCUCUGUAUGCCAAUGUCUGAAUUUUAUCUUGCCUUUUUGCAUUUCUCAAGGCCUUCCAUUCUCACUGUGA